AUGAGCGACAGCGAUAGUGACGAUUACCGGGUUGAGGCGCCCAGCCUCGCCCCCGAUGACCCCAUGCAGGCGUUCGUACCCAAGGCGUUCGGCAAGACAACGAAAGAAGCGAAUAUCGCGGCGCAGAUCGAGCAGACGAGGAGACAGAUUGAGAAGCCAGCGCUGCAGAAGCGAAAACAAGCUACUCCUGAUAGUGAUGAUAGCGACUCGGACGGCGACUCGGAAUCCGACGAUGAGGACGAGGCCGAGAAGUUUCCAGUGACCCACGAGAUGGUGCUCAAGACACACGAACGGGCCAUCACAAGCAUUGCCUUGGACCCUGCCGGGUCGCGCAUGAUUACCGGCUCCCUCGACGGCAACGUCAACUUCCACGACUUUGCGGCUAUGACGCCCACUACGCUGCGAGCCUUCAAGAGCGUCGAUCCGUGGGAAACUAAGAAAUCAGCAACCUCCGAUUCCCACCCGAUUCAGCACGUCGAAUUCAGCCGCCACUCGGGCAGCGUCUUUCUUUGCGUCACCGCGCACCCCCAAGCAAAGAUCAUGUCAAGAGAUGGCGGCGUGGUGACGGAAUUCGUGAAGGGCGACAUGUACCUCCGGGACAUGAAGAACACCAAGGGGCAUGUGGGAGAAAUUGCCACGGGAACAUGGCACCCCACGGACCAGAACCUGUGCGUAACGGCGGGUUCAGAUAGCACGCUGAGGAUAUGGGACAUCAACAACAAGAGGAGCCAGAAAGAGGUGAUUACGUUCAAAUCCAAGGCCCCAGGGACAGCGGGGCGCACUAGGAUGACAGCAGUCGCAUGGGGAGCUUCUGCGCAGGGGACCAGCCCUCUCCUAGUAGCUACUGCUCUGGAUGGAUCGCUGGUCAUGUACAACGGCAAUGGCCCUUUUACCAGGCCAGCAGGGGAAAUCAAGGAUGCGCACCAGCCUGGUACUUGGACUGGGGGUGUUGAUAUCAGCGCCGACGGCCGGAUGGUGGUAACCCGCGGCGGCGACGGGCUAAUCAAGCUCUGGGACACGCGCAAGUUCAAACAGCCGCUGGUCAAGAUCGACCACCCCUCAACCUCGGAUCGAUACCCGAUGACCAAUAUCAAAUACUCCCCCGACUCCCGUUAUAUCAUCACCGGUUCCGCCUCCGGCCACCUCCAUAUCCUCAACCCCGCCAACCUCCGCCCCGAACACGUCACCCCCAUCACCCCCGGGAUCCCCCUCAUCACCGUCGACUGGCACGCCAAACUCAACCAGAUCAUCACCGGCUCUGCCAACGCCGAAACCCACGUCCUCUACCACCCCUCCCUUUCCACGCGCGGCGCCCUCGAGGUCAUGUCGCGCGCGCCCAAAAAGCGCCACGUCGACGACGACCCAUCCUUCACCAUGGACCAGAGCCAGCUGGGCUUAUCCGGCGACGCCAUCAUCACGCCGGGCGCCAUGUCGGGCUCCCACCACAAGCGCGCUACCGGCGGGGUUUCGGCCUCGGGCCGCACGUCGCGCGACCCCUACCGGCCGCAGCUGCAGCAGAUCACCCCCUUCAUGCGCAGCCAGCCGGACGAAAAGCACAUCGAGGAGAACAUCCCGCUCAGCCGCAUGCUACACGAGGACCCGCGCGAGGCCCUACUCAAGUAUGCCGAGGUGGCCAAAAAGGACCCCGUGUUUACAGGCGCGUGGGCGAAGACGCAGCCGGUUACGCAGUAUGCGGAUUUGAGUGAUGGGGAGGAUGGUGGUGGAGAGGGGAGGGAGGCUAAGAGGGUGAAGAGACCAUUGGCGCUUUACGGUGCUGCAGGUACCCGUUGGCUUGUUUACUAA